GGGAGCGAGUGCGCCAGCCGUCCCGAUGCCACCACGGCCAGCGGGAGCUGGUGUGGGCAGCCUGGAGCGGGUCAGAGGUGUGAGAGGCUCCCGCCAUGGAGGGAACGACCCACGGGCCUGCACCCCCAGGGCAAAGCUGGCAGCUCCUUCAUCACCGCCAUCCUCCUCCUCCUCCUCGCCCCUUUGCAGCUCUGAAGCCCUCCCGGCCGCAGCCCCCCCGCCGGCCCCGGGGGCCCCCCGGCGCAGCGCCAUGGAGACGGUGGGAAACUUUGAGUUCAGCAGGAAGGACCUCAUCGGGCACGGAGCCUUCGCCGUCGUCUUCAAAGGCAGGCACAAAGAGAAGCCUGAGCUGGAAGUAGCUGUGAAAUGCAUUAACAAGAAGAACCUUGCAAAAUCUCAAACUCUGCUGGGCAAGGAAAUAAAAAUACUUAAGGAACUGAAACAUGAAAACAUCGUUGCCUUGUAUGACUUCCAGGAACUGGCAAACUCUGUCUACUUGGUUAUGGAGUACUGUAAUGGUGGUGACCUGGCAGACUAUCUUCACACUAUGCGGACACUCAGUGAAGACACCAUCAGGCUCUUUCUCCAGCAGAUAGCAGGUGCCAUGAAAAUGCUGCAUAGCAAAGGCAUCAUCCAUCGGGACCUGAAACCACAGAAUAUCCUUCUUUCCUACGCGGGAGGCAGGAAAUCAAAUCCCAACAACAUUCGUAUAAAGAUUGCUGACUUUGGGUUUGCCCGAUACCUGCAGAAUAACAUGAUGGCAGCAACACUGUGUGGUUCACCGAUGUACAUGGCACCAGAAGUCAUUAUGUCUCAACACUACGAUGCCAAAGCUGACCUCUGGAGUAUAGGAACCAUCAUUUAUCAGUGUUUGACAGGAAAGGCUCCUUUUCAGGCCAGCAGCCCACAGGAUCUUCGUCUCUUCUAUGAGAAAAACAAGAUGCUGAUGCCGAACAUCCCCAGGGAGACAUCGAGCCACCUGAGGCAGCUGCUGCUGGGCCUUUUGCAGCGUAAUCAUAAGGAUCGCAUGGACUUUGAUGAAUUUUUCCAUCACCCGUUCUUGGAUGCAAGUGCCUCUAUGAAAAAAUCUGCUUCCGUGCCAAUGCCUUCUUAUCCCAGUUCAGGCUCUGGUAGUUCCUCUAGCAGCUCUUCUACUUCCCACCUGGCAUCACCUCCCCAGUCCCUUGGAGAGAUGCAGCAGCAGCUGCAGGAGAAGGCACUGGCAUCUCCGACCCAGGAUUCCCCCGGCUUUCUGCACGGGUCGAAGGAGUCUGCCGGAAGCAGCAGUAAGAACUCAUCCUGUGACACAGAUGACUUUGUUAUGGUCCCAGCACAGUUCUCAAGUGAUUUAGCUGCUGAGGCUGCAGGAGGGAAACCAAUCCAAGACAGCCUGAUGUACAGCGGGAGUUCUCUGGUGACUUCGGCAGGCUUGGAAAGCCAGGGAAGGACACCAUCUCCUUCGCCGCCAUACAGCAGUUCUCCUAGCCCAUCCAGCCGGCCAGGUCAGUUCUCUAGCAGCAAGUACGGACACUCCGUGCCCAUUCCGGUCCCAACCCAAAUUCAUAACUACCGGCGGAUCGAGCAGAACCUGCAGUCUCCCAAUCAAUACGCCUCUCCACGGUCUGGUACGGUUCGGAGGUCUAGCAGUACAAGUCCUCUUGGUUUUCCUAAAACUGGUGCUUCCCCUCCUUAUCCUGGAGAGCAUGGAUCUGUGCCCAGCUCUAGAAAGCUCUCCUUUGGCGGUGCCAAGCCGUUUAUGCCAUCACCACAAGUUGGAACAAUCCCAGAGCAGCCCAGCCAGACUAUUAUCCCCUCUUCUCUUGGAGCAGAAGUGAGAAGCCGGAUUCCUGUCGCCGGUUCCUCGGCGCCUGAACACUCUCCUCGAGGGAUGGGAUCCCGGCUCCACAGUGCUCCCAACCUGUCAGAUUUGCAUUCCUGCAGGCAGAAGAUAACCAAGCAGCACUCUGAUCCUCUGGUUGCUCACUUUGGUCAUACCCCAGGCAGCCAGCCUCUGCAGAUCCAUGGCUUGCAGCACUGCCGGCAGCUCAGGUCCUCACCAAAGCUGUCCGAGUUCAUGCAGAGAAGCCCUUUGCCAACUAUAAUGGGCUCCCCUACAAAGGCUGUGUCCCCGUUUGAGUUUCCCAAAACCCCAAGUUCCCAAAAUCUCCUCACCCUCUUGGCUCAUCAGGGGGUCAUGGUUACUCCGACACGGAACAAGACCUUGCCAGAUUUGAAGGAGAUGGGUCAUUUCCACUGCCAGCAAACUGGCUUGGGACUGAGGCCUGUGGAAGAGAUCAAGGGCAGAUCUCUGAGCACAGGCAGGCUCACUGACCUGCUUCUGAAGGCAGCCUUUGGGGCACAGAUCUCGGAAGCUGGCAGCAACGACAGCCUGAACAAUGAGAAGCCAAUGGAAAUAGCAGCUCCCUCAGGUGCUUACGGAGGGACCCUGCACUCUGGUGCCCGGGCUGGGGGCUCUGCCAGCCCAUCCCCAGUGAUUUUUACUGUCGGAUCCCCUCCCAGUGGAACAACCCCCCCACAGACCACGAGGACCAGGAUGUUUUCAGUGGGGUCCUCCAGCUCUCUCAGUUCUGGAGGCUCGUUCACCGGCAGGCACUUGGCAGUGGGAACUGGUGGGGAUGCUGUGGAAGGUCCCUCAAGUCUCCGGUACGCUUUUGCUGAUCCCAUCACUGCCAACCUGGAAGGUGCUGUUACAUUUGAGGCACCAGAGCUGCCCGAAGAAACCCUCAUGGAGCAAGAGCACACUGACAUCCUGCGCAGCCUCCGCUUCACGCUGGCCUUUGUCCACUACGUGAUGGAAAUCGCCGCCCUUAAGGGCAGCUCCAGCGAGAUGAGCAGUUCGGUGACCUCUGAGUACCAGCUCCAGGAGAGCGUGGUGGCCGACCAGAUCAGCCUCCUCAGCCGGGAGUGGAGCUACGCGGAGCAGCUCGUGCUGUACCUGAAAGUAGCAGAGCUUCUGUCCUCAGGGCUGCAGAUGGCCAUAGAGCAGAUCAAAGCUGGCAAGCUCUGCCUCUCCUCCACUGUCAAGCAAGUUGUGAAGAAGCUGAAUGAGCUGUAUAAAUCCAGUGUGUCAUCCUGUCACUGCCUCAACAUGAGACUCCAGAGGUUCUUCUUGGACAAACAGAAACUCAUGGAUCGGAUCAACAGCAUCACCGCCGAGAAGCUCAUCUUCAGCUAUGCUGUGCAAAUGGUGCAGUCUGCAGCCCUGGAUGAGAUGUUCCACCACAGAGAGGACUGUGCACAGAGAUACCACAAGGCUCUGCUGCUGAUGGAGGGGCUCCUGAACAUCAUCACUGAACAGGGGGACAUAGAAAACAUCAAUAAAUGUAAGCUGUGCAUCGAGCGCAGGCUGUCAGCUCUGCUGUCGGGGUUCUGCGCCUGAUUUCAGUGUUGUUCUUCUUCACGCGCCUCGCCCCAGCUGAUCACUUUGUGUCCAAUGGCUGCUGCUGCGGUGGGAAAUGAUUUUGGCAGUGGGAGACCUGGAGGAUGAACUGCUCAGUGUUUUGUAUUUUGAGGUUUUGGGAAGUUGUUCCACAGAGCGGGAUUCCUUCCCCGGGACAUGUGACUGCAGCAAGCGCAAAUGCUUCCCUGCCCCAAAGGCCUGGGCGAAGACGUAGCUGACGUGGAAAGGUUUCCCUCCUUGGGCAGAGGGGACGGAGGAUAGAAAUCCGCUUCUUCCCAGCACUUUGAAGGAUAAGACUGCCGCCCGUCCCUCUGGCUCAAGAACAGGGUAUUCCAGUGCUGUGUCCAUUGCAGGCAAUGGAUGUGCUGAAACCGCUGGCUGCAGUUACUGUUGGAGGGUGUCGCUCAGAAAUCAAGGCCAGUUCGUGUACUUUCCCCUGUCCCCGCUGGGAGCCAGGCAUCUUGAAGCUUCCUGGGCCACCCGAGGCGCCCCGUCUUUCUCUCUUUUGUCCCUUCUCCUACACGUUUAUGCCUUGGAGGGCUUACGGAACGGCAGAGAGGAGGGAGUGUGCUCCCUUUGGCCUGAGCGUUGCUGAAGUGGCUCCCGCCUCUGCAGACUUCCCAGGCAGGGCAGAGGACGUGCUGCCGGGGCAGUUUCCAUCUCCCGUGGGCUGCCUCUGCGCCUGGAGGGGUGAAUGGCACAGGGAGAGAGACUGUGUGAGGAACAGGAGGAUGGCAGGAAGCGUGGCGUGACGCUCCUGUGCUCGUAAGAAGCCAAAAGGAAUCCAUUCUCCCUGGGUCCCCGAGCGCAGCGGGACGGAGGGGGCAGUGGGUGGCUGCUGAGCCCGGCCGCAGCACCCGUCUGCCAGGAGACACCCUGCUUUCAGCCCCUGUCCUGGCCCCCCCCCCGAACUGCAAACACUAGCUUUGUGAAUCAAAGGAGCACUUUACACACUAUGGGAACUGUGAGACGUUGACUUUGCAUCACACAACAACCCAGGAACAUCACGACUGUUAGGAAUGCUGUUGUUUUUAUUCCUUUCCUUGCUUCCUGGUUGUUUUAUUGCACUACGUGUGUGCGUAUAUUAAUAUGUAUUCCUGAGGGUGAAUAUAUAUUGAUAUAUAUAUAUGGUUUGUGUGUAACUGUAUGUAUUUAACUGUACUGUAUCUUGUGAGUGCGAGGCAAAAAGCACUGCGGAGUCUGUGCUGUUCCUCCUCCACACCAGGCAAAGCUGACUGGCAGUACCAAGAUGUGUUUUGUUUUUGUUUAUUUUUUAUUUAAAUGUUCUUUUAAGGACAGUCAGUACAAAGCUCCGUGCUUUUUAAGAGCUGAAGAACAGGCGUUAAGAUCCUACACACUUACAGUUGGAAACGCAUAUUUUUUAAGAAGUUUUAUUUGCUGCUUCAUUUAUUAUUUUUUUUUUUAUAAAGAAAUCUUGUAGUGUUCAGUUGUACGUUCAGCAUUUCUUUUAAGGAGACUGUAGCCAAAUGAGACUGCGGGUGCGAGUGGCUGGAUCUGGUUGAGGCUUGGGAUGCUGUGAGCAUGGGCGUGAGAGGAUGGGGAGCUGCUGCCUUUCCUCUGUCUGCGUGCGCGCGUGUGUGUCUUAAUUUAUCAGAGUCGUGGCAGUAUUUUGUUAGCGCUGGGCAGGAAAGUAUCUUUGAAAGCAACUCGAAACCUCAGGCUUUGUUUUUGGGGAUCCAAAAAUAUUUUGCACGUGGUGGUUAAGUCCUCAUUGCUUGCUUUUUUUUUUUUCCUCUCAACAUUGGCACGUUCAGUGUGAUACUUUACAAGGGUUUCAGGAGCAAUUUAAUUGACUUUGGAGCUGGCAUCGUCUUGGGCAACAUGGGUGUUUCUGAUCGCUGAGCAGAAAUGCCAACGCAGAAAUUUAAAAACAUUUCCGAUGGCCCCAACCAGGGAAGUUUAAGUGUAGCUUUCACAAACGCUUCAGCAUUGGGCCACUGUUAAUACCCUACGUUGGCAGCCUGCUGCUUCUGUGGCCGUUUGUGCUUGUGCCUGGGAAAAAAAGGAAAGGAAAAAAAAAAAAAAAAGAGAGACAAUAGACAUCAAAACAUCCAGCCAAACCCCCCCAGCCUGUGGCCAGGAAAGGCGAGGAGCCCCAGACUGCUUCCCCUGGGUGUCGGCGGUUGUGCAAAGGGCUACGGUGCCGGCAGGAGCGGGGCAGGGGGCGAGCACUGAGCGGGAGGGACCCUGCAGCACCCACACCGCUCCGCACCCCCGGGCGAGCUCAGCACUAACCUUCCAGCUGUGCUUAAUUACUUGAAUGUACCAAAAUUGUCCACAUUCAAUGUACACAAGUAUAUACUGCUCCAAAACAUUGUGGUUUACAGGCCUACAACCAAUAUAUAUGUAUGUGUUUGUGUAUAUACAUACCAGGGUGUGUGUGUGUAUGUGUGUGUACGUAGAGAUACACACACAAACACAAACGUGUAUAUAUAUGUUUUCUCUCAAUACUUGAAACUUAGCCACUGUGCUUGAAUGAAAAAAAAAAACAAACACAAAAACCACACAAAAAACCCCAAAAAUGGGGGGGAAAAAAAAAAGAAAAAUCAGACAGGUGAUUUAUUUUGCCAUCACUUUGGUGACUUCCUUUUUUUUUUUUAUCUAACUGCAUGUAGCGUGAAACCAACUUUUUUGGUGAAAAAUAUUUAUUGCUUUGUAGACCAUAAGGUAUGCAAAAAAAUUAAAAAAAAAAAAAAAGAAAAAACACCCCAAAAACCAGUCCCCACCCACUGUUGAAGUUGCUAGUGUAGGCCACCUGCUAUUGUCAUGGCUUUGUUACUGUUGCAGCGUUCGUGUGUAGCGUCUUUGAUAGAUUUCAAGAAACCUCAGUCUAAUAAACACGUAUCUUCAGGUUUGUGAGAGCGUAUGAUGAUGUUCUUUAUAAGGUAACGCUUGAUACUUUGUCAACAUUUUUUAUUUGUGUUUUGUGUGACUUUUUUUUUUCGGCUUUAAAUUGUACAACACCAAUUUAAGAAAAUAAAAUUGAUUUGAAAUUGUUA